AUGUUCUCUAGAAUCAAAAUCUGGAGUGAUACAUAUCUUUUGUAUAGAUUGGCAAAUAAUUCACAUUUUUUAGACUCUUUGAUAAUUUCAAAAUUGCGUAAGUUUAAUGGUUAUGAUUCCGCGAAAUUCUCUUCCAAGAUCAAAAGAGGUUCUAUUCGUUCAGAAGCUUUGAACAAGCUGGCGAAAUUCUCUUUACAACACACAGAAGAAUCAGAAUCAUUAAAUGGUUAUAAUUUGAGUAAUGGGAAUGGGAAUGGUCAUUCAAAUGGCUUAUCAAAUGGCGGAUUGAAGAAAGUUCCUACUUUUUCAAACGAUUUCAUCAGGUUGACUAAAGCUGUUGCCAUUUCAGAUAUUUCAAGUGCUCAUAAGGAAUUAGAAAUUAUUUUAGCAUUGACAAAAUCUUCAAGCUCAAUAACAAAUUUUGAUCAAGCCGUUGCUCUUUUAGAAAUUAUUGAACCAUAUUUGUUGGAAUCUCCUUUCCAACAGUUUAGAUCACAUUUAAGUUUACAAUUAAGUCCUUCACCUUGGGAAAAUAUUACUAAAGAACUUGUUGAAGCUAUAGUUAUUAUUGCAUCAAAAUUUCAAAAUUUGGAAGAACAAAUUGAAUUAGUUUUGAAUAAAUAUUUAUCAAUUUUUGAAAAUAAUUCAAAUUUAAAAUUAUCAAGUUAUUUCAGUUUUAUUGGAUUUUUAAAAGCUCUGAUUAAUAAAACCACAUUCUUGAAUACUAAUUUAAUUAAAAAACUAGUCUUAUUGGUUGAUGGUGGAUUUUUAAACUCUGUGGAGAAAAUUGGAUCUGAAAGUCUGAGUGAUGAACAUGAUUAUAAUUAUUUAUUAGCUUAUCAAGCUAAUGGUGAUGAAUUUAGUUCUCUGUUGUUUGUCAGAUUGAUUCAAGAAUUAAGUACAUCUGUUUUGAAAGAUAUCGUUAAAACAAAUUCACAAUCUAAUGAAAUUUCUUUAAUUGAUUAUCUUUUAGAAGUCACAGCUGCUGAUUAUGAUGGAGAAGUUGAUAAUAAAUCCGUUUUGGAUGCAGUUAAGACUUCAUUAUCCUAUAAAUUAGAUCUUUUGGAAAGUUUAGUUAAGAAUUCUUUAUUACAAGUUAAUGAACUGGAUCAAGGUAGUGGUUAUAUAAACAUCAGUUCAUUUGAACGUAUUAAACUGGCUUUACAUACCAAAAGUUUGGCCUAUCAAGUUAUCGGUACUGGAUUAUUAGUUGAUUUGGUCUCACCAGAUACUGUAUUAAACUUGGUGAGAAAUUCAUUAUCACAUACUCAUGAAAUUGCAGAUGAACAUUUAGCUCCAGUUAUCAUUUCAUUAGGUUCAUUAUUAUGUUAUAGAGAUGGUAAAGUUAUUAGUGGUCAGUUAAUUAAUUCAUUCCCGCUAAUUAUCUCAAACUCUUCUACAAGAGUUAAUAAUGAACGUUUUAUUCAACGUAUUUCUCAGUCGUUAGCAUUGGGGUUGAAACCUUUAAAUCAAGAUUCAAUCGUUACUACAAUUUAUUCAUUAGUUAACUUAUUAGCUGUUGAUAAUGAAGGUGCACCAGUUGCUGCUAUUAGAGACUUGAAGUUGAGAAGUGCAAGAGGUACAUUUAACUCAUUAGAUGCUGCAGCAAGACCUUCACGUGCUAAUACUCUGCAAUCAUUAAGAGGUCAAGGUUCUACCUCAUCAGUUAACAUCCAAUCAAAACCUAAUGUUAAUGAUCAAAUCAUAUUUAAAAAUGCUAUUGAAUCUGUUAUUGAAAUUGCUAAAAAAUAUGAUGAUCCAUCAAUUCUUGUUUUAACCGUUACUGUGUUAUCUCAAAAAUUUCAAAAAGUUUCUAAACAACUUGAUUAUCAAUUAUUGCAUGGAUUAGCUGGUAUUGCACCAUCAUUAUCCAAGAAGGAAUUCUUAAUCAUGAUGAAAAUGUUUGACAGUGGUAUUAAUUCUGCCAAUGAAACAAAUGAUCAUUCAUUCGUUUCUGCUAUUGUUAACGCACGUAUCAACAUCUCUAAAAAAUUGAGCAAAGAUAUUGAAAAUCCGUUAUACAAUGUUUAUUUAUAUGAAUUGUUGAAUAAUGUGGUUAGUAGAGGUGAUAUUCAAACUGGUGAUCAUCACAGACCACAUGGUGAAAUUGCAGAAGUUGCCAAAGAAAUUUCAAAUUUUUUCAAGCCAAUUGCAGCUUUAUUACCAAAAAACAAAGCUUUAGAUUUGAAAGAUGAUAUUGAACUGGUAAAUUCAUUUAAAAACUUCUGGUUCAAUUUGGUCGUUCAUGGGUUUAGUGAAUCAUCAACAUUAACCGAAGAACAUAAAAAGGAAUUGGAAAUCAUUGCUUUGAGUACACCUCCUUUAGCUUCUGAACUGCCAAGAUUACAUACAGAGACUUCAUUUGAAUUAAAUGCUGUUUUAAGACGUGGUUCUUCAAAUCAUAAUGUUAAAGAUCAAAAACAUAUCAUUGGUGGUAUUUCUAAUACAAACCCAUUGGAACUUCGUACUUUAUCAUAUUCUAAGUUGAUGUUUUUAUCAGCCACAUCUCUUUUAGAAAAUUUGAGAGUAAAUUCAGGUGAUUGUUCCACUGUGUUAUAUUAUUUUUCAGAUCCUUCAAUUGUGAAAACUAAUAUUGAAAAAUUUAUUGGUUCAAUUGCAAUUUCUGUUGUAUCUAAAUUCAUCAAAUUGACCGGGAAGGGUGGUAAUCAUCAUUUCAGUUCAGAUAGCGUUGCUGAACAAUUGACCAAGAUUUUGAUUUUAACAUGUCAUAGAAAUUAUGAUUUACAAGAUGCAGCUUUCCAAAGUGCCAAUUUAUUUUUAAAUAAAUUACCAUCUAGUUUAUGUCAUCAUCAAUCACUUUAUACUUUAUUGGAUCUUUUAACUUUAUUAUUUGAUAGUAUUGUUGAUUCUGAUACUAAUAAAUAUGAACCACAAAGACAAUUCUUUUUAAAACAUUCUAAAGUUAAAGUUACAUUAUCUGAUUCUUACAAAUGGAGACGCUCAACUUUAGAACAAUUACAUAAAAAGGCUAAAGAAUGGACUCUGUUAUCACUGACCAAGAGUUCACAAGAUAUGAAAAGUUUAUUACAAGCAUAUAUUACAGAUUUAGGUGUUUUCAAAAGACUGAAUAGUGUUGAAUUUGGUGUUUCAUUUGCAGUUGAAGUUGCAGGUACCAUUUUACCAACAGAUUUAGAAUUAUCAAAUAUCCCAUCUACUACAUUCGAAAAACCUGAUACAAUUGCUGGUUUCUUAUCACAAUAUAGUUGGAGAUCAAGAAAUAUUGCUGAAAAAGCUAGUAUCGUUCCAAUUAAAGACCUUCGUAAUAACAAAGAUGAAGAAUUGAAAAGAUUGAGACAAAAAAUCGCUAUUGGUGAGGCUGUUACUGAACAAGAAUUACUGAAUGUGUUAGAUUUAAUCGCUAGCUUGCUAAUAUUGAGACAACCUGAUGAAGAUACUGCUAGAUUGGUGUUUGAAUUGGUUUCCAUCCCAUUCAAUGUCUUCACCUCUGAUUCAAUGAAAGUUGCAACUACAGUUUGGUUAAGUAUAAUUAAGGAACGUCAAGAUUUGUCUUUCUUACUAUUAUCAGAAAUUGCUGUUUGUUGGGAGGACUCAAUCAAAAGAAGAAGAGGUUUAUACUCCAAGGAGUUUGACUUAUUGGAUGAAGGUUUCUUGAAAAUGACUUACUCACCAUCUGAUAAACAAAGAAUCAAAUAUCAUAGUAAUCUGGUUUCUGAAAGUUUACAAACUCACUUGCACGUUAUUAAAUUAUUCUCUUCUCAUUUCCAAGGUACUUUAUACCAAAGUGAUCAUUUACUGAAAAUUUUCACUAGGGCUGUUACUACUGGGUUAGAACAUUUGAACGUUGCAAGUUUACAUCCUUUUGCAAGAUUGAUUAGAAAUGAACUAAUUAAAUUAGGGUUUGACGUUUUGCAUGUCCAUAUUAAGAUCCAAUCUGCUUUUGUUAUAUCUUUAACAAACUCCAUUCUUCAAGGUAUUCUCUCAUGGUUUGUCAAAAAAAAUCAUUAUCCAUAUGGUGGUAAUUACUUGAAAAUCAAAGCUGAUCUGAAUUUAUUGGUUGAAAUUUAUCAUCUUGUGAAGAAUAUCCCAUCUGGCUCAACAUCAGAAUUGAUUGAAUUGCGUAAACAUUUAAGUUUGAUAUUUUUACGUGAUGAAAUUUCCAAGAUCCUGGUUUUCUUGAACCCAGUUGAUCCUGUUGAGUUCAAAGUUGAUUCUUUGAAACCAGAUUCUAAGAUUUUACAAUUUGCUUAUCAAGAAUCACCAAUAUUGGGUAUUUCACUAGCAGAUCGUUUGCCAUCUUUGGAGAAAACAUUAUUAGAAUUGGUUGCUGCUAAUCCAGCAAAAGUCUUACCAUAUCAUGAAGGUGUUCCAUUCUUAUUGAAAAUUCCUCGUGCUUCUAAAUACUUAAUUUUAGCACAACCAAUUUCACCAACAGAUUCAAUAAAUCUUUUCCAACCACCUUUCUUCGAAGAUCCAUCAAUCAUUCAAUAUAAUAUGAGAUCACUUGAAUCUCAUGAUGUGAACUUGACUUUCUUCUAUGUUCCACAAAUUGUUCAAAGUCUAAGAAAUGAUCCAUUAGGUUAUGUUGGUAGAUUUGUUGUUGAAACUGGUAAGACUGAUCAACUAUUUGCUCAUCAAAUCAUUUGGAAUAUGUUGGCUAAUAGUUAUAAGGAUGAAGAUUCAACUAUCGAAGAUUCUAUCAAACCUAAACUGGACCUGAUUAUGGGUAAGAUGAUUGAUGCAUUCCCUGAAGAAGACUUGAUCUUUUAUGAAACAGAAUUUAAGUUCUUCAACGAAGUCACUGAUAUCUCUGGUAAAUUGAAACCAUACAUCAAGAAGACUAAAGCUGAAAAGAAGGUUAAAAUUGAUGAAGAAAUGGCCAAAAUUGAAGUUUUGGAGAAUGUUUACUUACCAUCAAACCCAGAUGGUGUUGUUGUUGAUAUAAAUAGAAGCUCAGGUAAACCUUUACAAUCCCAUGCUAAAGCACCAUUCAUGGCAACUUUCAAGAUCAAGAAAUCUGAAGAAUACAAUGGUCAAAUGAUUACAUAUGAUAAGUGGCAAAGUGCCAUCUUCAAAGUUGGUGAUGAUUGUCGUCAAGAUGUUCUGGCUUUACAAUUAAUCUCCAUAUUCAAGAGUAUUUGGGAAAAUUCUGGUUUAGAUUUAUAUUGUUUCCCAUAUAGAGUUACAGCAACUGCACCAGGCUGUGGUGUUAUUGAUGUUUUACCAAACUCAAUUUCAAGAGAUAUGUUGGGUCGUGAAGCUGUUAAUGGAUUAUAUGAAUAUUUCAUUAGUAAAUUUGGUAAUGAAAAUUCUGUUGAAUUUGAAGAAGCAAGAAAUAAUUUCAUAAAAUCACUUGCUGCUUAUAGUAUCAUUUCAUAUCUUUUACAAUUUAAGGAUAGACAUAAUGGUAAUAUCAUGUAUGAUGAUAAAGGUCAUAUCUUACAUAUUGAUUUUGGUUUCUGUUUUGAUAUUGUUCCAGGUGGUGUUAAAUUCGAAGCUGUUCCUUUCAAAUUAACAAAAGAAAUGGUUAAAGUUAUGGGUGGAUCAAAUGAAACUGAAUCAUUCAAAAUGUUCGAAGAAUUAUUCAUUAAAGGGUUCUUAGCUGUAAGACCAUUUUAUGAAUUAAUUGUUGGUAAUGUUAUACCAAUGCUUGAUAGUGGGUUACCAUGUUUCAAAGGUGAAAAGACAAUUAGAAACUUGAAGAAUAGAUUUUAUUUACACAAGAGUGAUAAAGAAGUUAUAGGUACUUUAAAAGGAUUGAUUAGAUCAAGUUACGAAAGUAUGUUUACAACUGGGUAUGAUCGUUUCCAAAAAAUGACAAAUGGUAUUCCAUAUUAG